CGGACGCGCCGCCAGAGUCACGUCCACACGCUCGUCGGUUGUGCAUGUCAGCGAGCGCGUUUUUCGUCUCGUCAUCGCGAAAUUUGCCGCGUACGGAAUUAUCGACGAAAUUUUUAAAACACUGUUAGACGAUAUUAUUAUAAUAUUUUGAAAUAACUUAUCAGACAGAUAUAAGACAAACGAUCGAGCGCGUUCGACCGACGACGAAAUGUGAACAAUUUGCCGCCGCCGCGACUGUUUUUUUUUUCUUCAAAUUUGUUCGUCCUCUGUGUAGUGCUUUUUUCGGUUUAGUUGGCAUGCGAAAUUCGAUGUGGGACUGCGGUGACUUGACGGGUUAUCGCCAAGAAGCAGCGGCGGCGACGGCGUACAAAACAUAACUACGACGACGACCGGACACAGGCGGACAGCUGUGGACAAAAUGAGUCUGUUCAACACGUCGUACCUGAUGGGCAACGACACGGCGGGAGGAUGGGGUCCCAGGUACUUUUUCACGUUCUACUCGGAGUUCGGCGACGAGCAGGCCGAGUCGGCCGUGGAGGUUACCGUGUUCAUGGUAAUAUUCGCCGCGUCCGUCGUGGCCAACGUGUCCAUCGCCUGGGCCGUGCUCAGGUACCGGGAAAUGCGCACCGUCACCAACUGCUUCCUACUCAACCUCACCGUGGCCGACCUGCUGUUCGCCAUCACCACGCCGGCGCUGGCCUACGUCCGCGUCCGGCCCGACUGGCCGUUCGGAGAUGUCGUCUGCCGACUGUUGCCCUACUCGCAGUUUGUAUGCGGUUUUGUGCUACUAUGGACGCUGACACUGAUCAGCAUGGACCGGCACCGAUGCAUCGUCGUGCCGCCAUACCGGUCGCAGCUGACGCCCCGCCGCGCUACCGUGCUCACCGUGCUCACGUGGCUGAUCGCGCUGGCCGUGUUCAUGCCCGUGCCGUUCUGGUUCCACGAGCAGGCCGUGCUGGGUGACACCGCGGUCAACGUGUGCACACUGGUGUUCCCCAAGAACGACACGUUCAAAAUGUCCAUCGUGUUCACCGUGUCCGUGGUGUCGCUGUCCUGCAUCCUGCCGCUGUCGCUGUUCGUCUACCACUACCAGAGGAUAUUCCACAAGUUAAACAAGACCCGACGGCGGAUCGAGCACUCCGUCUCGCACCGGUCCACCGCCGUCCACACCGCGUCCCGGAACAGCCUGUCACCGCCCGCCAACGGUUCCAUACCGCAGGUGUUGGUGCGGCACGAGGAACUCAGGUACAGGAAACACGUGCGCGUGGUGCGUGUGCUGCUGAUCAACGUGAUCGUGGUGCUGGUGAUGUGGCUGCCGAUCACUGUCGUGAUGUGCCUGAUCUACGUGGACGGCAGCCGGGACACGGAGGACACGGGCUACUUCCUGCGGUCGCACCACUUCAUCAUGGGCCUGCUGUUCGCGCUGCUCAACACGGUCGUCAACCCGAUCCUGUACGGCGUGCUGUCCGAGAACUUCCGCAAGUGCUUCGCCCGGCUGUGGUUCAUAUCGAAGCGCCGGCGGGCCAUGCACAGGGAGCUGCUGGACAACGCCAGCAAGGGUGCCCGGACUCCCAGCAACGGCCACUACAACUCGACACUGCAGCCCGGCAGCUCGGCGUCCGUGGUCGAGCUGCCGGCCACCGCGGUCGCGUCGUCGUCCGCCACCAACGAGUGUUGGUGAGGUACCGAUGACGCUCAACCAUCCCAUCCCGGCCUGUCCGCGAGGUCAGAACGGAACAGAACCGCAGUCGCAUAAAAUGUCAUUAUUGUUAAAUAUUAUUAUUAUUAUUAUUAUUAUUGUAGUUAAUUAUUGUAAUAUCGUAGGUACUCCAUUAAAUAUUAUGACUUAAAACAUAUACUACACCUUAAUUGUUGUAAAAUAAUAAUAUGACGUAAUAUUAUUCAUAGGUAAUUGUAUUAUUAGCGCAAUAGAACUUAUAGGUUGCAAGUAGGUAGGUACGCGUACACAUUAUAUUGUACACACAAGACACCACUUUACCUCUAACACUAUAACCGACCCAUACCUCCCAGCCCUAUACUAGUUCAACACAUACCUACCUAUAUAAUAUUAUGUGUGUGGAUUAAGUCAGGUUAUAGGCCUCCAUGAUGCCUAACCUGACCCGGUUAGUAGGGCCCGGAACUUGAUGCAUUUGCAUCUUUUUUUCUAACAUUAUUACAUUCGAGGGUCGUCUUUACAGAAAUUUGAAAUAUUAAAAUAAAAUUAUUAUAAAAUUUGGAAUAUAGAAUUUUAAGGGGAUUGGAAGCGGCGAUUUUCUGUCUUUGUCAAACACACGUGCAACAUAGGAUUAUAGACGUGUUCUAUUUCCAACGUACCAAUUAAUCUAAUGAAGCGAUAAGAAUUCUGAAAACAGAUUUGAAUUUGUCGUCAAGUCUACUUGUGAUCGACUUUCCUACAUUUUUGAUUUUUUUGAUUUAAAUUUCUCCAAAAAUUGAAAUAUGUCAAUUUUUUAAUUACUCUUUGUAAUAUAUCGUUUUUAUGAUUUUGGAGAGAUAAUUUGUAUUUUGAAUUUUUUUGCAUUUUUAGAGAAUGCAUUGCUUUACAGUCAUCUUUUAGUAUUUUCGGUGCAUUUUAUUCGGUUUUGUACUUUUUUUUACAUCUAUUUGCAUUUUUCUUGUUGAAAGUUACACUUUAUAGUAACACAUUAAGUUUCCAUUAGCUUGUCGAUUAUUGACGUUCAUUAUCUUUUUCGUUUACUGUCGCAAUCAACGAUUAUUUGAAAAAAACUGUAAGCAGAUACUAUUUUGCCCCGGCCAAUCAGAAAAAAUAGAAACUAUGAAAUCAGAACCGAUUUCAAACUGCAAAAUAAUAUUUUUAUAGACUCCUUCGAGAGUGAACAUUUUUAAAGGGGUAAUAAUUACGAUUUAUGAUACAUGAAUUGUAUAAAAUGUAAAUUUUGUAAAACGUAAAUUUUAAAAAAUGUUAAGUCAUUAUAAAAUAAUUUUUGGGUGGUCAUUUUUUGAUGUUUAUAAGUAAUUUUAACAUUUUUUUUGUGUGCAUUUUUUAAAGAUUUUUAGGUCAUCAAGUUCCGGGCCAUACUUAUGAGGUAUUAUGGAUUAUAGCGUAAUGUGCUCAUAAUUUAGUUGCCGAUAAACAGCCCCGAGUAAAGACAACCCCCUCCUCCCCCCCCCCCCGAUCCCACGCCUUAAGCACGCCAUGACAUCGGAUGAUCUCACUAUAAUAAUUUAAUGUUAUGAUAAUAUUAUUGUAAUGUAAAUAUUAUUAUAAAUACGAUAUAGACUUAUCUUAUACAUACCUAUACAGUAUACAUGUUAUAUAAUAAUAAAUAAUAAUAUUGUAGGUACCUAGGUACAUAAUAAUAAUAUACUAGUUGUUAGUAUACCUACGACCUAUACCCGUUAUUCCAUAUUCGUCAUUCGUUUAUUGAUUGCUGUCAUUAUUACUAUUAUUAUAACUGUCCUAUAUUGAUAAAUUAUAUCGUAAAUUUUUUAGUUUUGUAGAAAGUCAGUAAUUUUUUUUUUUGUAUUUGUACCAUAAACGUUUUUUAUCUAUAAUAUGUUUCUAUUUAAGAAAUCACUACAAAAUUAUAUUACUAUAACUAUGUGACUAUUUAUUUUUUAGAUUAGUGUAUGGUUAUUUAAUCGGAGUAACCUAAGCAAACGUGGGAAACGAUGUACCAAAGUGAUUUUUUCUAUGAUUAAUAUGUUAUUUUUACGAGUCCCACGUGUUACUCAAUAUAAUUACGUUAUUAUUUAUUAUCUAUAUUAUCCAUAUUGAUUUUUUUUACGAAAUUAUUAACUAAACAUUUGUAUAAGAGACACACAUACACUGAUACACAUAAACAGUUGUGAAUAUAUUUUAAACAAAUUAAACCAUGACUUAUGUAAUUCUUA